CUGCGAAUCGCUUAGGCGCCAACCUCCAUCCAUCCCUCCGGGAGAACGAGGCCUCCGACACCCAUGGAGGAGCAGCAGGGACCCGAGAGCGACUCCGCUACUUUAGCCCGCGCCCAAGCUCGGUUCGAGAAGGGCGACUACGAGGAGGCCGAGGCGCUGUACACCGCUUACAUUCGCAAAUGCGCCAGCGCAGCCCCUGGGGAAGAGGCCCCGGGGAGCAAAUGCCACCCCAAGGAUUUGGCUACCGCAUAUAACAACAGGGGGCAAAUCAAGUACUUCAGGGUUGAUUUCGACGAAGCCAUGGAUGACUACACGGCUGCCAUACAGGUCCAGCCCGAGUUCGAAGUUCCCUAUUACAACAGAGGGCUGAUACUGUACAGGCUGGGAUAUUUUGACAAUGCUUUGGAGGAUUUCAAGAAGGUAUUAGAUUUAAAUCCUGGAUUUCAAGAUGCCACUUUGAGCCUAAAACAGACUAUUCUAGACAAAGAAGAAAAACAAAGAAGAACUUAUGAAAACAUGUUGAAAACUCAAUGAUCCUGAUACCCGAAUCUAAUUGCCUCUAAUUUAAAGCAGGCAUUGAAAGUAUUUUAAUUUAUAUGUAAAAUAGAGAUUCAUGAAUUAGCACUGAGAAGGUAUUUAAGAUAAAGAAUUGCAGGUUGAGAAACUACUUAAUGUUGACUAGGCAUGCUUUUAGAAAAAGUGUAUGUAAGAUAAAUUGAUGUAUAAU